AUGUCUACUGGAAACGAAGCAUUUGACAAUGCAGCUCAAGACUUUGAAAAAAUUGUAACGCAGCAUAGUAGUAGCAUUUCCAACGAAGAACAAUUAGCAGGAUAUGGCUUGUUUAAACAGAGUACGGUUGGUGAUAUUAAUACCUCAAAACCUAACAUUCUCGACCAAAAAGGUAGAGCCAAAUGGGAUGCUUGGAAUUCAAGAAAGGGUCUCUCUAAAGAGGAAGCUCAGUCUCAAUACGUCGAUUUAAUUGCACAAUAUAAGGAGAAAUAUCCCAUUUAA